UACCUGGUCCCCAAACCAGCCAGCUCCCAAUGACUGCAUCUCUGAUCACUCCCUACCCAACAUAAACCAACCACACUCUCAUGCAUGGGACUAGACACCUAAGCUACAAACAAGUUUACGACCGCAAACAAAUUCAAAAGCACAUCCACAUCACCACCAUGACAAGCCAACUCCAAUACCCAUCUAGCGUCUCCAGCCCCAGCUCCAGCUCAGACUCCAGCGCUGCCUCUCGCCCGUGGAACCCCCACCCGGACGACUCCUCCACCGAAGACGAAGAAGAAGUGCUCUUCGAUCUCGACGAAGCCGCCAUGGCUGAGCUUCCUGUCCAUCUGCAACGCACGAUGCGCGAGAUCCAACGCGAGCGAGUCCGUCGAUUCAGCCAGAGACCGGAAAACAUGGCUUUAGCUGUGAACUUGAACAUGAACAUGACCAUGGUCAUACGCACAAGUCCACGCACCCCUCGCACCAACGGUAACUACGCAGACAGAUGGGUUCGGAACGUGAUGGCCCGCAUGUCGACAGAUCAGGAGACGAGUAUGUCGCGAGGGACAAGAGAGAUGGUGGACGUGGAUGCAGAUAUGUUUGAGCGCGAGGGCCCAGAUGAAACGACAGCAGCCUACACAGCUGACGAAGAGCACAGCAUGUCGACUCUGUCGGGGCGCUAUUAUGGCAGGACAAUGUCAGAACGCAACGCCUUGCUCGGCUGCGUGGGGUCUUUUGAGAGGAAUGCGCUGGCGAGAUGCAAUGGUGGUAGACGAGUUGAGGUGCCCGAGGAGAAGUUCGCCGCGGAGCAUGUCUCGGAGAUUGAUGUGCUGGCAGCAGGGAAUGGGGACAAAAUGCAACAGCAACGAGGGGGCAAGAGGGGCCAGUUUCGCAAGACGAUCAUGUCCGCUGUGCGAGUGCGGGUGAAGAAGAGUUUUCAGAGAAUGAGCAUGCUGUUAAGGAGUGAGAGAGGCUGA